UUUUUAGAUAUACAUUACACUCAUCUUCUUUUUCUCUACAUUUUUUUUUUGUUUUUGAUAAUAUAAUUAUGAUAUGAGUAAGACACUUUCUUUUUGAAACAUUUUGUAAAAUUAAUUAAUCUUUUUGGAAGUUCUAUAGCUUAUGAUGAAGAGAAAUAAUUUGAGCACAAACUUGAAGGGCUAUAACACUUACAAGAGUGAAAUGACAAAAGAGUUUUGUGACUUAAACUCUCAAAGUAAUAAUAAUAAUAACAAUGGAUCAUCAUGUGAGGAUUACAUGAAUGGAUUUCCAUGGCCACCAAGAUCAUACACAUGUAGCUUUUGUAGAAAAGAAUUCAAAUCAGCUCAAGCACUUGGUGGUCACAUGAAUGUUCAUAGAAGAGAUAGAGCAAGGCUUAGACAAUCAUCACCAAUUGAAGUUCAAGUUCAACAACCUCAAACUCAAAAUCAAGGUUCUAUGCUUAAUUUUAACCUUAAUAACCACCCUAUUAUUACUACUACUAACCCUUAUAAUAACUUUUUUUCAAACUCAUCUUUGUCCUUAUUUCAACCAUCUUCAUCUUCUUCUUCAGCAACAACUCUUAAGCCUAUUACUUGCACAUUACCUUUGUUUGUUUCAUCUUCUUCUACUUCACCUUCACCUUCACCUUGUGAGUUUAAUAAAUAUAUCUUGUUGAACCCUUUGAGCACAAAGACCAAAGAGCCCUUCAUAAAUUCAAAGAUGGUAGAAGAAUCUUUAUCUAGGGUUGGAGAAUGUGAUGAUUUUGCAUGUGAAGAUGAUGAGUGUAGAAUGUUGAAGAAAAGUGAGAUUUUAAGGAUGGAUUUGGAGAUAGGUUUGCCAAGAGAUUAUGAUGAUAAUUUGGAUCUUGAGCUUCGUUUGGGUACCACCACUUACUCUUAAUUAGGUCACAAAGUUAACUUCAUAUCACUAUGUUUUAACUAGUUCUUAAGAAUUAUGAUUCAAAAAAUAAAUACUAGUUGUUAAGGAUAAAUAUUUAGAAGUAGAGAGAAGAUUGUAUUCUUAUUUGAUAUGUAUGCUACUAUAGGGUUAUGUCAAGUAAAAUGAUGACUUUAUGUUUACUA